UCUGUUCAUGUUUUCCAGCAAAAUCACAUUUUGAUUUGCCCGAUUCCAAUGCAAAAUGACUCAAUUCAGCAAAAAUAGUUCGUGAGAUGGAGAUUUAAUUAUUGAGAUGAAGAUCUAGGAUCCAUUAGCGGGAUAAAAAUAAAAAAAGGUCGGGAAGUGCAACGUGAUCUUUGUAGACGACGUAGGAGGCCGAGGCCAGGAGGACAGGAGUGACUAAUGUAAACAAGAAAGAUAUGAGGAAAACCAGAGCUAAAGUUACUCAAGUUGAACUUUGGUAUUUGGCCAACGCAACGCCCACUUGAUCUCCCUAAAAUUUUGUCAAACCCAGGUCACAAUGGCCAAAUUUAGGGGGAAUUAUUGAGUUUCUACGAGGUUAUUUUAUUGGCCUGGCUGUAGUACCCGUUGACAGCUGAGAACUGACAAGGCUACACUGCAAGCAAGCUAGAAUCGUCAUCCUGGGCUAAGCAAGGCUAUGCCUGCGAAACGAAUAUUUAGACUGAAUUAGGUCCACCACCAAGAAGAAUGAAUACAUCACUCCUGAGUAAUGCUGCCAGAGAUGAUAUUGAUGAUGCUUCUGUUGAGGAAGAGGAGGACCCACAUGGAUUUCAUGUGGUGGAGACUUGCAUCCUGCAGCGACAGUCAUCAUUAACACACCAGUCUCCAGUUCCCAGUACAGUGAGUUCGACGCUGGAUGAACUAUUUACGUGUGAGGCAAUAAUGAUUACAGAUGGUGAAGCUGGCAGUCAAAAUACUGUUGCUGUGCUGCGAUAUGUCAGGGAGAGAAUCCUGAAGCCCCGUGAUGUUAUUUUAUCAUUGUUAGGUUUUCGUGAUUGGGCAAAGGAUGGUUCUGGAUGGUGUAUGUGUACGAAAUUUUUGAAUGUUAUAUACUGUGCUAUUGUGGUAUUGUUCCUCUGUAUAGGACCUGUUCUGCAGUACAACAUGUGCUUUAAACGAGACCAGGGAAUUAAAGAAGGUGUCUUCAUUGUUCAUAACAAAACUACAGUUACAGAACCACCCCGUACCAGCAAGUGUUUGGGCAACUACUUGUUUAUAUAUAUCAUCCCAAAUGUAAUGUUCCAGAUAGCUUACUUGAUGACAUGUCUGGUGCUCAGAUGUGGUGAAUCUGAGACUCUUCAGACUCUACUUGAAAGGGUGUACCUUAUAGCAACAUGCUCACCUUGGGAGGUGGUAAAACACAGGCGCCUCGAUCACAUAUGGAUUGCGUGGGUUAUGAUUGGGUUUAUGUGCCUCAGCUUAUCUCUUUCAUCUAUGAUACUUCAUCUAGUCACAGCCAAACACAUUCCAUGUACGAUAAUUGCUUCUUGGUUGUCUUAUAUGCGGAAAUAUACGUUAAAUGGCCACCAGACACAUGGAAAACCUGCAGAGAUAUCAUGGGUAAAUUUGACAGCAAUGACUUGCAACCUUCUAUGCUGGAUGUUUUCAAGUGUAGUACCACUAGUCAUGGCUGCAAAGGUUUCAAAUGAUUUUAAAGUACUUAAUAAGGUUGGAAGCACUUUACAUGCAAGACCAUUUGUAUAUCAGCUGACACCACAACAAGACAUAGAUUCAUUUCUUUUGUAUGUGACAAGCCUCCGUCUGAAAGCAAAGAUUUUAUGGGUUCCAAUUCGAACAUACUUCUUAGUUUCAUUUUUGAUGUUACUGGUCAUGUUUACUAUGGUGCUAGGAUAUUUGUACUUUUAAAACGAUAUUGUUUAAAAGAUUAUUGUUAUAUAUUUCAAUGUAAUCUCUCAUUACUUGCAGAUUCUGUAAGAUCACAAUAAUGCAAAUUUUUUUGUUUUUUUUUUUGGUAAUAACUACGAUUAUGGGUAUUUCUUGUCAUUUUGUAACAUUCUCCUUUGGAGACCCGCUUAAUGUGUUAUUUAGUACUUACUGUCAACUCAUGCUUAGGAGCAUUUUGUUAUCUUCACUUGUUAGUAAUGAGAGAUUAUCAUAGCAUUUAUUAAAAGUGUAGCAGAACUAAAAUAUUUUUUCUAAAGCACAUCAAAAUCUAUUAAUGCCAGCUCAGUACUACGCACAAAUUCAUGUAUAUUUAUAGAAGAAAUUUAUUUGUGAAUAGUAUUUACAAAAUUCUAAACCAUUCCUGCAUCCUUACAGUCAAGUUUAUAUAUAACAAUAUCAAACCCUCUAAACAGAAAGGGAAAAAGCCCAAAAAUUUUAAGAGAAAAUGUGUAGAGCAUUACAUUGUUGUUCAAGAGCUUGCAACAGCCCUUAUCUCUCAUCAAGAAGUACUAGUAUGGUGGUACUUCUGUUCCUUUAUUAGCCAGAUGACUUCCUUUAUCUCAAAGCAAGAAGUAGGAUGACCCCAUUUCUGGUUCUUAGUAAUCUACUUUAUCAGCCAAUAACUUCCUUAUGUCGUCAGAGCAAAAAGGGAAAUUACUUCAUUUCUGGUUUAUCUCAUUGCAUAAAGUGAUAUGAUCAUAUUUCGUUGUUCUUUAUUAGCUAGCAUCCCAACUUACUUGGAAGUUUGGUUAUUACUGUUUGUAGGCUUUACUUUUCAAAUGUGCCUUUAAUAUGCACACUAUUGAUAAGCAAAGCCCUCCAUGUUUAGCCAUUUUUUGGCAGACAUUUUCAGAAAACUGCCUAGGAGUUUGAGCAGAUAGUACCUUUUAAAAACAAAGGUGUGGUAUAUGUCUUUCUUUUGUUGUUGUUACUACUUUACUGUGCUUAGUGCAGCAGUUUUGUUAAACUAUCUAGCCAUAAUUACUUCAGUAGUCACCUAACUGUGAAGCAAACUAUUGUCAUUAUUCUGCUUAGUUUGACUACACUGCAGAGGAACAUGUCUAGAUUUUCAUAGGACUGGGCUACAAGACUUCUUCCUUAAUGCAGGUUAAAAAGUGGAGCAACAUGAGGUUAAGAGGUUUGGAAACUAAAUGGGGAGAGACCAAAGGAAAUGGACAGAGUUAAAUAAAUAUAACAAAAAUCUCUUCAAGAGUUAAUGAAGGACAAUUCUAGCAUUCAAAAGUGAAGAAAAAUCUAUGUGAAGGGCUUCUCUGGCUUUUGUCUGUUCCCUCCCUCGUUAUCAGUUGCAGAGAUGGAUUUAAGGGAGGAGUUUGAUUGGCUGAUGAAGCUGGCAUUUUAAGUAGAUAUUAGGUGAAAGUAUUAUUCUAGAUGUACGAUAUCUCGGCACUCUUUGAUAAAGUCACAUUAACUUUCAACUAGUGCUUUGGUCUGAGUUACAUGUAAAAAGUAAAAUAUAUGGCCUUCUUCAAAGUGCUUAUGAACAUGGUCAUGAUGCUAUUUCAGGAAAGUACAGUAUUGUUAAUGAAAGUCUGUCUAAGAUUUGGAUUUUGUAAUACAGUACUAAACUCCUUUCAUGAAUUUUUUCAAAUUUAUUGUGCAGGUUUAGCUAUCUUUAUUUUUAAUUUGUUAGCUGUACUGCACCUGUUUUUUUUUAUUACAGAAGAAUGUAAGACUUACUCAUCAAUUCUGUUUCUCUUGCCUUCAUUAGCAAAACAUUAUGCUUGACAGAAAACUGCUAAUAAUGAAGGGUUAUUUCUAAUGAAAUAUUAUAGGAUAAAAAAAUAUAUUUUUGUUAUUAAUUACAAACUCCACAGAUAAAAAAGGAUAACAUUUAUUGCCACUACUAUAACUUUAAUGUGAUGUAAAACAUGAGAUGAAAAGCAACUUUAAGAAAAAGCAGAAAGAUACCUAAAAUCCAAUGCACACAGACAAGGUUAGAUUAGAAUGGAUUAUAAGCCUGAGUUUCCAUUUUUUAUCAAUAAUUUCCAUCUGCAUGACGAAAGGCAAAUUGAAGCAAAAAUUACACCGAAAUCAAUAUACAAGGAGAAAAGUACACACACUAACAGGUCACAAAAUUGAUUUCUAAUGAGAGAAGCUAUGUAAACCUCAUGUUUGAUCAUGGUCAUAGUUUAAAAAAAAAGUAUGUGUGAGGGAUUUCAGCUUAACAUUCACCCAAAAGAUCAAGCUGCCUUAUAAUAAAAACACUUCUCAGCUAAUGCAGCUUUUAAAAGCUGGCAGUAUAAUAUUACAUUCCCUUAAAAAUAAUUCAAAUUGGUUGGACCUGACGACUUUAGACAAUGCAUUAACAAUCGCAUAUGCUAAUAUAUUUUUUCAGUGAUGGUAAAUCUGACUUUUACCACUAAAAUUCUUGAAAAAGUUGACGACAAUCCUCCUUUCUUCUAUUGUUUGUGAUGUAUGUACAGUAUAUCUUACUGUUUUAGUGAAAGACCUUUGCUCUUUGGCUUUCCUUGUGCAGCCUUAUCCUACAAAAUGUCUCAUCCUGAUGUUGUGGGAAUGAAAACCCCCUUUUAGCUUCCCAGUUUCAUGAUAGUUUGAAACAAUUGUUAUUGUUAUUUGUACUGUUUCCAAAAUAUGAAUCUCGGCCUCACUUGGAAUUUUCUCUAUCAUUUGACUUGCCCUCAUUUAAGAGUCAGGUCUUCAUCACUUAUGCACCAAUAUCCACCAAUGCAAGCUUUUCGUGGACCUGGAUUUCUUUUAGGUAGUCAUUUCCCUUCUUGAUCUCUAUACUAUAUAUUUUUCUUUACCUAGAGAAACAAGAAACAUGAAAAAACCUAUUGAGGGAGAUUAUUUUAAUGUUAAUUUUCCCCUAAUGUAAUAGGAACUGUCUCCUGUUUUUGUAAAAAUACCUCAAUGCUGACUGGAGGUAGAAGGCUGAAUGGUAAGGCAUAAAAAAAGCAAAUAUGAAUGGAUGACAACCAAGAGAAGCGAUUGUAAUUUGGAUGGAAAGGCACAUCUACAAAAGUUUUUUGAACACAUCCAUCUGUACUUAUAUUGAAGUUAUAUAAAGGGCUAUUACAAAUUAUUUUAUAUGGUAACAUACUCUAUUAGUAAAUUAAGACAUCAGUGUUCAAUACGGGUAUAAGUGCUUCACAACAUUGUUAAUAUUGAAAUUGCUUCACAACAUUGUUAAUAUUGAAAUUGCUUCACAACAUUGUUAAUAUUGAAAUUGCUUCACAACAUUGUUAAUACUGAAAUUAACUUGAUUGGGACUGAAUGGCUUCAUUUAUGUAGCAAGUAGCAUGGACUAAAGUGCAAAGCCUCCCCCAAAAAUGUUAUCUCUUUUUGGCAUUUUUCUCUACUAUCUUGAUGGUGUUAUCUUUCAUGCAAAACAUCUUCACUUUUGUGCUGAUUUUCUCUUUUUCUUGGUCAUUUAUGUAAAAUUAAUUUUAAAUCUCAAUUUUUUUAUUUCUUGUUUUCACUGUCACUUUUAAUGUGUUCUUUUAAAUUUACUCUUUUGAUGCAAGUGGAAUAUCUUUUAUUUUAAAGGAAUUGUAUGAUACAGGGCAUUUUAAGUUUUUAUGUUUUUAAUUAGUUUUAUAUGGAAAAUGAAUUUGUAUUCAGUUCAUUUUGUAAAUGUUCUUGUUUCAUUAGGAUUCAAAUAUGUUUUAAAAAUCUGUAUGUUGCUGCUGUCCUUAGGUAUAGUGCCGUCAUACUUUAUCUAGUUUAGUUAAACUCAGAAAGGUUGAUUCUACUUACUAAAUUUCUAUCUGAUUUUACAAAGUAUAGUUAGUUUAUAAUUUGGAGCUUUAUUAUUAUUAUUAAUACAAGAUGAGAAUAACUUAAUAUGGAACUUGCCUAAAAGGCAACUAACUUGCAAAGCAAGCAUAUAUGUACAUAAUAUACUGUCUGUAUGCAAAGAGAAUAUAAGAAGUAUUGAAGAUAAAAAACAAAUAUGUACACAUAUAAAGAGCAGUUGGAGCAGUGAUUGGAAAAGGAUUAUUGCUGUGCCACAACCUUCAAGCUUUAUUGCUUUGUUAUAACUAUUAAUCUGCCCAGCUAGGUGGAAUACCUUAGUGGGGGCCUGGUUAGUAUAAAUUUAUACCAGGAGUAAAGGACAUAUACAUCAACAUUAGCCAAAAAAAACAUUUUGUGACUCCUUCGGUUUUUCCAUCCUUUUCAGUUAAAAUGUGCAAGUGCUUUUUUACUCUUUUACUAAUUUUUCAACAUAAAUGGAACUGAUAUGAUACCAGGCCCUUUUGUACACCUUCUGCAAGUAACCAGAUAGUAGAAAUCAUUGGUUGUGACAUAAAAGUAUAAAUUUAACUUUGCCAUCACCAAAAGCAUGCAAAAUCCUAUGCUUUCAGAUAUAAGAAGUCCCAUUUCAUCUAUUAUAUGUUAAAUUUUAAUAAAACUUAUUGAAAAAAUAAAAGGAUACAGUUUGAAGGAAUAUAAAGUAAAAUUUUACUAAAACUGACUGAAAAAAUUGAUGGGUGCAGUUUGAAGGUAGUAUAUAAGAUAUUUUUUGAAGUACAGGCUUCUCAGGCUAAGCAGCCUGACCAUGGCCUGAUGCAUCACACUACUAUGUACUUUGAAAAUACACCUCAAGCACUCUGGUCUGUUAAGAUUUUAGUGGGCAGUCCCUCAUAAUAGUGAGAGUGUGACAAAUUUCAAUUAAUACUCCAUAUAAACAGACGGUAGUUGAAUGGCUAUGACCUUUGAAAAUGUCACAAAUUUAUUUCCUUUGCAUUUUACCAGGUGUCCAUUGAGUGCAUAGGUUAUAUACUUCUGGUGAUCCAUGUCACAAAUUAUUUCUUCUUUAUUUUUAUGCCUAACAAAAGGUAAACGGGUCUUCCUUUCAGUCGGUUUCCUGAAUUUUCUCCUGAUAAACUUAUUAGUGGGUUUGAUGGGAGAUAUGUAGAACAAUUUGCAUAAUUUGUUUCUUAAGUGUAAUGCCACAGAUAUCAGUAUUCCUUUUAGUUAAGCACUUAUAACAUCCAUCUAUUCAUCAAUUUUGUUAGUCUUGAGCAUUAAAGUCUGUCUUAAAAGAAAUGCUGAAAUGAUAAAUUUCUAGAUUAAUGGGAUUGUUAGAAAAACUAAAUUUUAUUUGGUUACACACAAUGAUUUCUGAGGUAGAGGAAUCCUGAUGAUAAUUGUUUUGCCCUAUUCUUGAUAUAUCAGUACUCUGUAUCUCUUUGUUCAUACAGGACUACAGCCCAUCACCUUUUAAGUAGGAGUAUCCUUCAGCCAAAGCUGGAGUCUGUCAUUGAAACAUAGUAACAAGGUAGUUACCUGGUGUUGGGUGGUUGAGGGGGAACCCCUAAACAUCUGCUGUCACCAAUCGCUUUUUCUCCAGCCAUUGUUAAGUGAGAACAUUUUGCUACCCUCCUGCUGACUGCCAUUAAACUUUUUUUUCUUCUGGCUUUUUGGCAGUUUUUCUGGUGAAAUGAAUAUGUCUAAGAUAAGUCAAUACAGUAGGUGUGAAAGACAAACAAGCGUGUGGGUGCCUAAUGUUCUCCAUCUUUAUAGAUCACCACCAAUACUGUUCCUUCUGUAGGGGUAGGACUUGCAGUCCAACCUGUAGGGGAGUGAGCAAGUUGGUCUCCUUUGCUGUGGAAAAGGUUUGGUACCAAGAGGAUGAAGACUAAAAAGUGUCUGCUGGCGUUGUUUGGGGGAGAUUACUAAUCCUUUGAAACAUCAAAUCAUUUUGGGUCCUUCCCCCUCCCCCUAAACCUCUUUCAGCUACUUCCAAAUAAAUGAUCAGUGACAGCACACCUACCACUGGUCAACUAGCUUGAUACCAACUUUCAAUGACUGAUUCUAGCUUGUGCUGAAGAAUUCUCCUAUGUAAAAGGCUCUGGUUUGUGUAUUUAAGAAAAAUACAAAUUAUGUUUAAAAGUUUACUUUAAAAGUAUUCCAUAUACUGUACAUAGCAUAAUUUUUUUAUGGCACUGUAGAAAGAUUAACUUUCACUGUGAUAAUUAGUACUGAAAAUGUACUGCAUUUUCUAUAUUUAAUAGUAAGUAGUUCUGUAUAGUUUUAAACUUGUUUCAAAUAUUGGUCAGGCAAUUUUUUGUUGGAAUACUUAUGCACCUGUGUACAACACCUGUAUGCCGCAUUUAUAAAUGUAAAGAAUUCUGUUUGGUAUGUUGUAUAUAAUAAUGUAUACUCCUUUAUUAAGUAAAAGAACCAGUAAUCUUGAGAACUCUUAAAUAUUACCUAUUACUUUAUAUAUCUGAAAUUGAUAAAAGCUGAAUUUCAUUUUUACUAUGAUCUUUAUUUGUCUUUGUGAUCCCCAUAUGGGAAUAUCAUUAGCAGUGUCAUGCCCUGCUCAAAUUUUCACCCAAUUAAAGAACAAAUAUUAUGGACAAGCCCUGUGUGAUUAGAAAUUUGAUUCAGCAAUCUUGUUAAACUACUUUAUAUUUAUUUUGAUUUUUGUGACAGAACAACAAACCUUAUACAUUGAGGCUUAAUAUUUUAAUAAAGCAGGAUUAUACUGAGGUA